UAGACACUUCGAAAAUCUGUAACAAGGAACCUACAUGUUUUUCAUUCAUUCUUUAUUGCUUUCUCAAUUGCUGAUUACUACUCACUUACAAAAUAUUGAAACUGCUACAGAAAGCUUAUUUUUUAUCAAUAAUUUAUUGGAUCACUUCCAAAACAGAAAUGAUCUUUUAUUCAGUGUGCCUCUAUUAAGUAAUUAUGAAUGGAGUACAAUUACGAGUAUAGUUUUGGAUUCAAUUGAAAGUGCCAUAGAAUACCUAUGGGCACAUCGAAAUAAAGUCAACUUAGAUGGUUACCUUGGGCCUAGAAUGUUGGAAGGUAUCAUUGAUACAAUGCUGAAACUGUACCAACAGAAAACACCAGAGGACAUUGCUGAACGUAUGGAAACCAUUCUCAGAAAAUCACAGGAGCUAACCAACUUUGGCCUGUUGAAUGUUAAAAAACAAACCCCAUUCUACUUUUCAAGAGUGGGAUUUCUCUUGGGUCCACAGCUUUGGAACAGAUAUUAUCCAGCAAGAUUAUUGAGUAACUUUUCUACUCGGUAUUCACCGGUAAAAGAAGAUUCAUGGACAGAAUAUGAAAGUGAUAACUGUCUUAGAGAGUUUCUUGAUAAAACAGAUGAGAACUACUGUAAUAUCUCAUAUAAGUGCUGGAAAUCGGCUACCAGCGAAAUCAAACUGAAUACAGCCUAACACAUCAGGUCUUUUACUUUAUGAUUGGACUACAGAGUGACUGUGGUGAGACAAUGAAUUAUAUUCUGAAAUUAUACCAACCAGGAAGCAAUAUUGUAACAUACCUGCAACAACUGUGUACAAACAUUGCACUUGAAGCUCAAAGAAUUGCCAACAGUAACUUCCCGAAUGAUUUUAGGGAUCUGUUUAUGGAGCAAGUUGGAUUUUGUGGUUUAACUGGAUUUUGGCAGAUCUGUAAUUCGAUUGGUUGGACAAAAUUAUUAACUGGCAAAGCAUCAGCGGUUGCUAUCAUAAGUUUUAUACAGAAGAAAUGAAUCCGAAAAAUUUGAUCCUAAUGAAUAUGGACAUUACAAGCGGAGAAAGCGAUCAGAAGGGCUUUUAUCCAGCGGUCGUCUGGCAUGCUUGUCACAUCGAACAAGUGUAGCAUUAAUAGCAUUAGGCAGCUACCUAAGAUACCUAAUCGAAUUCCACUAGAUGAACAGAUAAUUUUGUGACUUAUUUUUGUUUUACUGUUCAGUUUUGUUUCAAAUAACAUGAAUCUUUUCUGUAGAAAAUAAUGAUUGUUGUAUUAAUUCACGUUUUCUUACAUGUAUUCGAACAAUUUGUAACAUGGAGGUAUACCACAGACUAUCAAUAACAGCCAACUUUGGCAUAUCUUUCUUUCAUCAUAUACCUAUCGGAAAAUUGAAAAAUAAACUUUCUUCAUGAGAAAUUGUGAUACAAACCAUCGAAUUCAAAA